AUGGGCUUCCUCCAAGAUAUGACCAAGAGGCUACCAACCUCGAAAGAUAAGAUAGACACAUUUGACGACCUACCGCGCCGCAAUGAAAAGACGUCGUCGCGACUAUCCUUCUUUCGACGUAGGAUACGACUGAAGGGGAGCUCCUCAGUCUCGAUACCUCUGGGCCUGGUGCUUCUGUUUCCAUGUCUCGUUAUAAUAAUAAUCAUAAUCCUGUUCGUGAAAUCGCCAGACUCGCAGGGCAUUAUGAACAUGCCAGCCGGCGGUCCACCAUCAAUAAGACGGAUAAGCGAAAAGUACGAUAAGCCAUUCGCAGUAGGCUGUCUCGAGCCACAGGUCAACGGACCCCGAGCAAACGCCGCAAUCGUAGUCCUGGCGAGAAACAAGGAGCUAGAUGGUGUCAUACAAUCGGUCAAGUCGCUCGAGAGACACUUCAACCGGUGGUUUCACUACCCAUAUGUCUUCCUGAACGACGGAGAUUUCAACGAGACGUUCAGAGAGACUGUUUUAAGCCACGUUAGUGGUUCGGUGGAGUUUGGAAAGAUACCUCCAGAGCAAUGGGGCUUCCCCGACUGGGUAGACCCAGAGGUUUACAAGGAGGGAAUCGCCAAGCAGGGUGACAGGGCCAUUAUGUACGGUGGCAUGGAGAGCUACCAUCACAUGUGCCGGUUCUACUCAGGCCAAUUCUACAAACACGAACUACUCGCCAAGUAUGAGUGGUACUGGCGUCUCGAACCCGAAAUCAAAUUCUUCUGCGACAUCACAUACGAUCCAUUUAUCCACAUGAUUCGAAACAAGAAGACCUACGGAUUUACCAUUGCAGUGAAGGAACUGAGGGAGACUGUGCCCAACAUCUGGAGAUAUGCGUCAGCAUACAAGCGGAAUAAUAACCUGACUUCGAAAGGCAUGUGGGAAAUGUUUGUAGAGAAGCCAGAGAAGAAGGACGAGGAACUCAAGACAGAGCCUAAGAAGAAGAACUUCUUUCCCCAGGAUAUCAUGGAUACCGAGUUCGGCACAGAAGCCAUGCCGGACAUCCAUCCCGAGAACAUGGAAGGCGAAUCUUACAACAUGUGUCAUUUCUGGAGCAACUUCGAAAUCGCCAAUCUCAACUGGUUCCGAAGCAAGGAAUACAACGACUUCUUCGAGUUGAUGGAUCGUAGCGGCGGCUUCUGGAUGGAGAGAUGGGGAGACGCGCCUAUCCACUCGCUGGCCGUUGGAGCACUACUUGGUCCUGAGGAUAUUCACUACUUCCGCGAUUUCGGAUACCGGCAUACCACGAUUCAGCAUUGUCCCGCCAAUGCCCCCGCCCGGCAGCUCGCACGCGAGCCAUACCUAGAGAAGACAACACUCGACGAGAAGGAGCGACUGGAAGAAGACAAGUACUGGGCGCAAUACGACCCCGUCAAAGAGAAUGGCGUCGGCUCGUUAGCAUGUACUCCUUUUUCGAGUAAGGCGUCAGGUGUUGGCAUUGCAUACGGGUUGGGCAGCCCUUCAUUAGAGUAUCAGGACUAUGGGGGCGUCGUAGAAGCGCCAACUGGCUGCACAUUGGCAGAUACAGCACACGAAAACGAAUACGAACAAGUCGAAAACACUAACAUUGUUUCGGCUGCUGUGAAUCAGUCACUACACUCCCAACAGUCGGUGUAUCAUCAAGAGUGCCCAGCUUGCGAGCCUAUUCAGUCUCAAGAUCUAGAGUUCCCUCCGGUUCAAGUUGAUCGCUCACUUACUAGGCUCGAUCUUGAAACACUCAUGAUGAGGUCGACGCAACGUCGGCAGCCAGAAGAGGCGGGCAGCACUCUCGAUGACAGCAGCUAUGAUCUGCUCGGCGACGGCAUCAUUGACAUGUCCGACGACGAAGCACACACUGAGUCCAUCGCGUCCACCGACGGUCCUACCCCGGAUGACACGUCCGACGACUACAGUGAUGACGACGGCGAGUAUGAUACCGUCGAGCGAGGCUUGCGAGAUAGCACAUACUCCUCGCACGCUGGGCACCACGAGCACCCCGCCCAAGUACAUCCCAUACUGUCCGGCGAGGACUCUAGUCUGACAGAGGUGCCCCCGUACCUAAGUGGGAGCAUGAGCCCAAGGCAUUUCAUACUCCACGAGCGAGCCACAAGCAACGCUGAUGUAACUCAUGGAAGCAGUGUCAUAAAGAGCUCAGCGGGUUACACAGACGAACUCCCACCCGUGUUCGAACGUUAUGGUUGCAAAGAAAUCAGACUGUCGGUCAAAGCAGCCUUGUCUCAACAACCGCUUACCACCCCCGACACGUACCGAAUACUUUACGUUGGCAGUGGAAAGUGGGCAGAAGGCACCAUCACGUCCAAGAUCGGCGCGGCACUCGCUGCCUACCCUGACACUUCGAAGACGGUCAUGGUCCGCGGUCAGGUUGAGCCAUACGCUCCAGUCCCACAAACUGAUCGUUGUGCCGACAUGUUGGUCUACAAUGCUGGCCACAUUCGCGUGGUCACCGAAGAUGGUCGCCAUCUGAUGUUCGGUUCUGGCGCCUCUGCUCGCUCUCAGGAUCAACCAGACCUUGUCGUCCUAUGUCAUCCAAGCGUCCUUGACCACACUGCUGACAAGCAAGAUCUUGCAUCUGUUAAGAAAGUAUUUGAUCGCGAAGCAAUUCCAUGCAUCGAACUUGCUGAGACUAACCCAUUCGGGGCCGGGUCUUCUGCUGACAAGAAUACGUCGUUGCGAGUAUGCGUAGAAGGUCGGGAGAACCCAAACACUGACUACGAGCUGAAGGAAGUGCUGCCUCUUGACAUCCACCAAUUCGAUCAACUUGAUCCAUCCCAGCUUAACCGCCACCUCGCACUGAUUAGUCCUCAUCUAGCGACGGCCCAACACACAAAGGCUUUGACUGCCCGUAAGUCGUGGCUCGGCGAGAAGACCCAUGCCCGUCUGAAGAAGAUUGGUCCGCAUCUACACUGGGCCAGGUGGCUAGCAUCUGCCAUUGUUCUAUUAGUCCUUGUUCCUGCACUGCUUCAGCGUACAGCCUACCUCCCUAUGCUCUACCAGAAGGUCUCGCAGAUUCAGUCGGUAUCACCAGCCGUGUCUGAGGCACAGAGCAUUAUGUCCACAAUCACACCCAUAGCGGCAGUGUCUCCAAGCGUGGUUCAUUCUCCAAUGUCAUCUCCCACUUCAACUCCGACAGCAUUUCAAGGAGGGCUCACCAUCGUCCCCCCUCAGCAGAAGCAACCUCACCGAAAGCCAAAGGCAAAAAACGACCAAGUUGGAGGUUUUGAGAUCCAGACCACUGGGGAUCAUCAGUUCAUUCUGCGUCCUUCAAAGACGUUCAGCUCGAGCCGGAAGAAGCCUCAGCUCCAGAUUCAUGUUUCCCACCAGUCAGAAGAGGUUCCAGCACGCUACAACCGAACCAUCACUGGCGAGUACAUUGUCGAUCUGGAACAGCAAUACCGCUUCGACAAAUUCAACGUCAGUGUUGCUACUCACUCAAAGCCUCUCCUGCGGCAGUCCUUUGAAGUAAUGCUGGGACACAACAAGACCGCACUGGAUCAACUUCUCGACACCGCCAAGUUGAACAUGUUCGAUACACAGAGCGCCCUUCUAAACGUCUCAGCUACAGCCGCACAAGCAGUGCAAGUAUACAUGGCUGGCUUAGAUGCGUACGCCUCGAAACAGCUUCAAGAAACUAAGAACCGACUGGAGAUGAAGACGCGACGGGCAAGACAGAUCCCAGAAGCUACAUGGAUGGGAUUACGAGAUAUAACCGCGCCAGUGCGGACGUCGUCAGCGAUGAAGAAGGCUAGGAUGAAUGCCCUUCGCGUCAGGUGCAAGAUGGAAAUGGCAGCAGGUUUAUCUGCCAGGGGAGAUGGUGGAAAGCAGAGCUGGGCUUGUGCAAAGUCGAAAAUGUCUGAAGCAGCCAAGCCCGACCCCGCCGCCGAGCAGGUCGCCAACCCUGCGGCGACUCUUGUCCAGGACGAGACCGCAAAGGUCACAACAGACAAGGCUGCCGACAAGCCUGAGACUACCACUACCACCGAGAGCAAGGAUGACAAGCCCAUCACCGAGAAGGCGACAGAGGCAGCAGCCGCAGUGAAGGACAACGUCUUCUCCAUGUUUGGUGGCGGCCCCGCAAAGGUCAAGAAGGACGAGGAAGACGACGCCAACGAGCCAUCAGGUGCCUCGAAGCCCAAGGGCGAUGACGAAGACCCCGAGAACGAGGAGCCCGAUGUCGAUUUCCAGCCCGUUGUCCACCUCACCGAGAAGGUCGACACCAAGACCAACGAGGAGCUCGAGGAGCAAGUCUUCAAGAUGCGCGCCAAGCUGUUCAAGUUCGACAGGGAGUCGCGGGAGUGGAAGGAGCGUGGCACUGGUGAUGUCCGGUUAUUGAAGCACAAGGAGAACGGCAAGACCCGUCUUGUCAUGCGACGAGACAAGACACUCAAGGUCUGCGCCAACCACUACGUUGUCCCCGACAUGAAGCUGUCGCCCAACGUAGGCAGCGACCGUAGCUGGGUCUGGAACGCCGCCGCCGAUGUUAGCGAGGGCGAGCCCGAGGCUCAGACUCUGGCUAUCCGUUUCGCCAACAGCGAGAACGCCAACCAGUUCAAGGAGGCUUUCAUCAAGGCCCAGCAGGAGAACGAGGCGCUUUUCGGCAAGUCGGAGCAGUAG